GCCGCAAUCUUUCGUGGAACAAUCCUCCUUCUCACAUCGCCCUCUGUGAAUAGGUUAUGAUAUCGCAAUUCGGGAUGAACUCGCUGAUCUCCCAUAUUAAUAACAUUCUCAAUUGCUGCGUUUUCUCCUGAUGAACGUUCUCAACCAAUACUCGACAAAACCUGGCAUCGUCCAGACCUUUUCACGUCAUGUCGGCCUGUCUUAUAUAUGCCUAGCAUGCCGUCGGGUUACAAUACAGUCUUUACAUCAUCCUCCGCGUGUAGGACCUUUGCUUGGCCCAGGUUUACAAAGAGGUCUCUUCUCUCUGAAUGCUCGAUUCUCGCAGAAACAUGGCGCGACAGAACCACCAACUGAGAAAGAUACUGGAUCAUCCGGAAGUCAAUCACAACGACGAAAACUAGCUCGUUCGCCAGCUGCCAACUCAUCGCUUCGCCGGGUUGCAGUAGAGGCACAACGUACGAGGAGUGGGAUUCUCUCGAGGACGCAUCUUUUGGAAAAGGGAUUGGGUGAACUCAAGACGGUCACAGCAUACGCAGUUGCUGAGCAGUUCAAUAUAGGCAAAGUCAAGGAUAUUCUACAAGAAAAAGGCUACGAACCGGAUCCCUUCGACACGGGCCUUUACCCUCAAGUGGUUCACAUACAAGUUCCCAUCGACUCGGUUCGGCGUAUGACAAAUCCGGAAGCCAACAAUUUGGGAUCUGACGAGACUGGUGAUGUGUUUGUAUUUCCCUCGGGGACUGUUGUGGCCUGGUCGCUUCCAGAAGGGUUUACUUCGUAUCUAGCGUCCAGGACAUUGCUCCCCGCAGCAGAAAAUCCGCAUACAGAUAACCUCGAGACAGAAAAUAUGGAGUUUAUUGAGGAUCCUCAGCGAGAAAGCAGCUGCAUUAAGGGGGAUACUAUCAUACUUGGUACCAAAUCUAGUGAUGGUCCUGAGCCGAGUGGUUCCAACCGCCAAUCUGUAGAUACGGUUUUGACCAAAAUUGCGUUCUCAUCAGGACUGGCGCGCAGCACGAAGCUUGCCGUGCUGGAGAGUUUACUCUCUGACUAUUUUGAAUCGACGCGGAACAUUCCAACUCUGCUGUCACAGGGCUCGCGACUACCAUAUACAAGAGAUUUCAUUCUCCGAAAAACCGGGCAACUACUCAGCGUCCGAGCGCAGCUGAACAUCUACUCAGAACUGACUGAUUCUUUACCUGACAUCUUUUGGGACAGUCGACACGAGCUUGGUCUUGAAGGGUAUUAUGAGGAGGCGGGCAGAGCAUUGGAUGUUGGGAUCCGCAUAAAGGUCUUGAAUGAAAGGAUGGACUACGCACAAGACAUUGCCAAUGUCCUUCGCGAAAGACUCAGUGAAACACACGGGUUACGCCUUGAAUGGAUCAUAAUUCUCUUGAUCGCGGUGGAAGUCGGGUUUGAAGUUCUCAGGCUCUGGAAGGAACGCGAGGACGAAAGCAAAGAGAAGAAAUCAGUGACAAACUGAUCUGUGUAUAUAUAGUGAUCAAUGUACCUCUAUUUACGAACUACGCUAUUAAG